UGUUUCAGGAUUUGAUACCCUUUCAACAACUUGUGUUGAUAAUGGACCUAAUAUUCUUGAAAAUCUGUCUCACAAAAAUGCGCGACUGAGUCAGGGUGAUAACUUGAAUUUGGAAAUUUCUGCUACUGGAAGUAAUUUGACUUAUCAAUGGCUAAAAAACUUUGAGCCUUUAAAGGGAAUGACUUCACAGGUUUUAAAAAUGAUAAAUUUAAAAACUAGCGACAGUGGAUCAUAUACUUGUGAAGUAAUUCAAAAUACAAUAAGAGUGUCUAGCAGUAUUGCAAUAAUAAUUGUUUUUGAUCCGUAUCCUGUAUUUUUGAACCCUUCUUCUGAUUAUAGUUUAACAGUAAUGGAGAAUGGACCUAAAAUUAAGAAUCUUCUGAUUAUUUCAGCAAGAACGCAAAGUAAUGAAUCUAAUUUUGAGGAAAUGUUUUUUGAUAUUAUAUCAGGCAAUGAUCUUCAAUACUUUCAACUGUUUCCAAACAGAUCUUCAACAGGUACAACACUACAAAGAACUCAACAGUUAAAUAGAGAAAUGAUAAAAAGCUUCCAAUUAAAGAUCAGAGCCUCUAAUACAUUAAACCCAAAAUAUAACACUGUUCAAUUAAUAUGGAUCACAGUUGUAGAUGAAAAUGAUAAUUCUCCUAUAUUUGAUAAAACAAACUAUAAUACCUCAUUGUUAGAAGGAUCUCCUAUUGGAACAGUAAUAGUUCAAAUACAUGCAAUUGAUCCUGAUGAAGGUCGCAAUUCAAUUAUUGUCUAUUCUAUUUUGCCCAUUAUUGAUAGCAGAUUGUUUGCAAUUGAUCAAUAUACUGGGAUAAUCACAUUGACAGAUAAUCUUGAUACAAAUGUAAAAUCAGCAUACCUGAUUAUAGUUAAAGCUAAUAAUUUAUUGGGUUCUUUAAACUCAUCAUAUGCCCAAGUGUUCAUCACCAUAACUAAUAUAAAUAAGUUUGAACCUUACUGGUUGAAGGAUACAUACAACGUUGAUAUAUCAGAGUCAGUGACUCCAGACACACAGAUACUACAGUUGCUGGCAGCUGAUGAAGAUUCUGGAACUAAUGGAUUAAUAAAGUAUGAAAUUGUAAGUGGUAAUGAAGCUAAUUUAUUUGAUGUUAAGUUAACUGGCAUGUUGGUAACAAAGGGUAAACUAAGUUAUGAUUUACAAAAUAUUUAUCUAAUAAUAAUUCAUAUUCAAGAUGGUGGGUCACCUCCUAAGUCUGCUGUUAAAAAUGCAACGGUAACAAUUAAUGUUCUUAACUCGAAAAGCAAUAAUCCAAUAUUUGAAAAAUCUGAAUAUAUUACAACUGUGAUGGAAAAUACUUCAUAUUUUGAUCCACCAUUUGUUGUGAAAGCAAACAGUUUAGACAAAAAACUAACAAUAAUGUAUAGCAUACCUCCCAACCAAAAUGUUUCUGAAAUAUUUGAUAUUGGUAUUUUAACAGGAAUUAUUUUACUCAAAAAGCCUCUUGAUUAUGAAAAAGCAACAUUUUAUAAGUUUAUUGUCCAAGCUACUGCAGCCGGUACAAAUGCUGCAGCAAAUGCCAAUAUUCUUGUAAAAGUUCUUGAUGCAAGCAACAAAGUUCCUUUUUUUGUGGAUUCUUAUAAAAGCAUAAACAUAGAGGUAAAAAUAAGUGUUGGGAGCAUAGUUUAUAGAGUGUCAGCAGUUGAUAAAGAUUCAGGAAUGAAUGGAGUAAUUGGAUACAGAAUUAAAUCUGGAAACAUUAAAAAUAUCUUUGAAAUUGAUUCUACUACAGGUGACAUACGCAUUAACAACUCAUUGGAUACAAACACUGAACGUUUUACCUUGUAUAUAGUUGCAUUUUACAUUGGCAGACCUUCUAUAGAAAGUAUACCGUUUAUUCUGGACAUUUAUAUCACAGGCAUAAAUUAUUAUGCUCCUGCAUUCCCAUCAUCAUCUUUCACUGUAUCAUUAGUUGAUACUUCCAUACCUGAUCAAUAUGUGUAUCAACUGGCAGCUAAUGAUCCUGAUCCAGGUCCUGAUGGUUAUCUUAAAUACAAUAUUGUAAGUGGCAGCAACAAUGGGUUAUUUUAUAUUGACGUAACAGGCAUUGUUCGUGUUAAACCACCAAAUGGAUUUCAAUUUUUGUCUCAAUACCAAUUAGGUAUCACAGCUGAAGACAGCUUUGUACCUCCAAAAGUUUCUUCAAUUUUUACUCUUUUUGUAAGAACAACUCCAAGAAUAUUUGUUGAUAAUGUUCAACUUGGAAGUUAUCAGUUUCAGUCGACAAUUUCAUUUAAAGAUUAUGCUUACUUAAAGAAUCUUUUUAUGAUCCAAGUGUUAGUGCAAAGAUACGCACCCUACGAUUCAUCUUUCUUGGUUGACUCUCAGUUAGCACCUACAACUUGGUAUGAAGUUAACACUAAUGUAAACAGCCCAAAACUAAUACGAUAUAUUGCAAUCGAAAAAUUGUUUCCUCAAAAUAGAGUUAGACGCUCAGUUGUUAAUACUAAUGAUAGUUUUUUGGUUGUGAUUGGUGAAAACACAACUUGUGCUGCAAUAAAGACUAAAAUCCUCCCCUCAAUUUGUAAUGGACCUUUAAAGUCAGGAUUCGCUUAUAGAAUACAGUUACGAGUUUAUGAAGCACAAAAUUCUACACCUAUUGAAAGUAUGUUUUCAAGUCCUAUAACAAUACCAACCAGAGACAUGCAAUAUUCUUUCCUAGCAGAUGGCUCACAAAGUGAUAUGGUGGCCUUGUCUUCUGCAUUUGGGGCAAUAUGUUUCUUGUCGUUUUUAGUUAUUUUGAUUUAUGUUUGUUGGAAGCAAAAACAUGAAAUUGUGUACAAUGAACAUUUAAAAGUCACUAGCAAAACCGAAUCUAUGUAUGAUCGCAGUGAUAAAGCUUAUUCUAAUGCAUCUUCUUCUAAUCCGGAUACUAUUUAUGCUCAUGGUGAAAGAGAUAGUAUCGAACGUUCUAAAGCCUACAGAAAAAAUGAAUACAGUUACGAGUUUAUGAAGCACAAAAUUCCACACCUAUUGAAAGUAUGUUUUCAAGUCCUAUAGCAAUACGUAUUAUACAAGACUAAGAAAUUGGAAUGUAACAAUGUCUACUGUUCUUGGUGUUGAUGGAGAAGAAUAUUAUAACGUAAUAGAACACAUGUGUUUUCCUGCUUAUUUAUAAUCAAGUUAGUAUAGCAAACUGGCUAUGGGAUAGUAUAAACAUAAUGAGGUUUCGCUUUAAAGAUCGUAUUAGAAUCAAGUUUUGAAUAGCUGCACUGAAACAAGAUAAGUUUUUAUUAUAACAUUUUUUUAUUGUUAUUUUUAUAGUUUUUUAUUUUUUAACUAUUCUACCUUUUUAUUUUAGCUUUACUAUUGACAUAUGGUUUUAAUUUAGUAAAUUUUUAUGUUUUUAAAUUUACUUUAUUGAUUAUAAGAUAACAGUUUAGAAAAAGAAAUUUAACACAAUUAGGGUAAGAAAUUAGCUUUUAACAUAACAAAACCUGGUUUUACUGUAAAUUCUUAUGCUAUUCUUAGUUUAAUUAUAUGUCAAAUGUUAAUAAUGAUAAUCUUUAUUAUUUCUUUCAACUAACUUUAUUUAAAAACUUUGGUAUAUAAAAUUCGCCGAAUGGUCACACACGAGCAGUGAACAGAGGAAAGAAACAUUAGAAUAAAGAAGAAUUAUUUAUCGAACGAAGCAUAUUUUGACAGUUGUCAAGACAAAAAUAAAGAUUAAUAGAGGAAAAUUUCAAAACAAGUAAGACAGACAACACAUCCAAGCAGUACUCACAAUAACAAUAACAAAAAAUU